UGAGUGCCAUUGAAAAAGCUUAUGUUUCAAGAGAUUGUAAGCUCCAAUUCCAUGCUGUCGAGUUUCAAAUCGAAUAAAAAGAUUCAGAUAUUAUAAUGCGCGUGGACAGGUCUGUGUAUGCGUUUGCAGAGGUGACCAUUCGAGUCAUAGCGACAGAAAGAAAAAUAGAACAUAAGAUUUGGAACGAUUAUCUGUUCAGGAAGAGUUUCAUUAAGUUGCAACUUGUCGUUGUUAUCAAGUCCCCGGAAGCUCAAUCUGGGAGUUUGUGACCAAGCAGAAGCAUGUCAUGGCUGCUGUCUCGAGCUCCUCCUAAGGUCUUCCAGAUCACAGACUAUCAAGUUCCUCAAAGGUCGUCCGAUGAGCGGCGUCGAGACUGCAUUUUUUUCGUCGAGCAUCAUCAAUGUCGCCCAGGGUCAAUCCACAGCAGACGAGUACCUCACUCCGCACAAUGAUGCCCGAGCUGGGCUGAAUCAAGGCAUACCGAGCCUGACGUGGGACAGCACGCUGGAAUCGUAUGCUACUGACUGGGCCGUCACCAGAGCAGCUGCUGGUGACGACUGCGCUCUCAUCCACUCUGGAGGACCUUACGGGGAGAACAUCUACCGGUCCAGUGGACCGAGCAGGCCUGGGUCAGCGAGGAGGCAUAUUACGACUACGCAACAAAUUCGUGCUCGGCCCCCGAGGGCGAGUCAUGCGGUCAUUACACGCAGGUGGUGUGGAGGGACACAGCGGCGCUGGGAUGCGGGUCGGCCACUUGUCCCUCUGGUGCCUUGUUCGUCGUGUGCAGCUACGACCCCCCCGCAACGUUGUCGGUCAGCUUCCUUACUAGACUUCCUCUACAAAUAGCUGCGGCCGUGGAGCGACUCCGAGUUUCAUCUUUGCUCAAGUGGUGGACAUAUUGUACUGUAAUCUCAGUACAUUCAGCCCAUGCACAUCAGUGGGCAGGGAUGAGAAUUUCAUAGGAGGGCACUCAAUCGCUCCCUGCCCUGAGGAUGACAGAGAGUGUAUUCAGAAUUUUGUUUCUGAAUACAGCGCACUGUAAUUGCUUCUACGCUUGCAUAGUACUGCCUGAUAUACUGUAGAUGAGAUUUUAAGUUGGGAUAAAUUAGUACAACCACUUGUUAAGCAUAACUCGAAUCUCUGGUAGGCCAUCGUGGUUGUAACUUAUUAUCAGUCGUUGCGAGUAGCUUGAGGUUGGGAAAGAGCAAACGUCGUCUCUAUUGAUAGCUGAGUGGAUUUCAGAAAGCUCAAUUGUAAUCAGGGGCGGAGCCACAGGCCCAGGAAGGGUCUACACAGAUUGUGAGUUACAGAAUGUGAAAACGAGGUCGAGAAAAAAUUGUAAUUGGAAAUUGGCGGGUAGCCCCCCCACCUGAAAAUUCCUGGCUCCGCCCCUGAUUGUAAUACAGGUAUUGGAGAAGGAGUUGCGAUUUA